GCAAUGAUCGGCUGCUCAUUUGUUGUGCACAGAAAGUUCUUUGGAGAGAUUGGGCUUCUCGAUCCUGGGAUGGAUGUGUAUGGAGGGGAGAACAUAGAGCUCGGCAUCAAGGUGUGGUUGUGUGGCGGCAGCAUGGAGGUCCUGCCCUGCUCCAGGGUGGCUCACAUCGAGCGCAAGAAGAAACCCUACAACAACAACAUUGGGUUUUACACCAAACGCAACGCUCUGCGGGUGGCUGAGGUGUGGAUGGACGACUACAAAUGGCACGUCUACAUCGCGUGGAACCUGCCGCUGGAGAAUCCAGGUAUUGACAUUGGGGAUGUUUCCGAGAGAAAAGCGUUAAGGAAGAGCUUGAAGUGUAAAAAUUUCCAGUGGUACCUGGACCAUGUUUAUCCAGAAAUGAGAAGAUACAACAACACCAUCGCUUAUGGCGAGCUUCGAAACAACAAGGCAAAAGACGUUUGCCUUGACCAGGGCCCGCAGGAGAACCACACAGCAAUAUUGUACCCGUGCCAUGGCUGGGGACCGCAGCUUGCACGCUACACCAAGGAAGGAUUCCUUCAUCUUGGUGCCCUCGGGACCACAACUCUUCUACCCGAUACCCGUUGCCUGGUGGAUAAUGUGAAAAGCCGCUUCCCUCAGCUCCUCGAUUGUGAGAAGGUCAAGAGCAGCCUCCAUAAGCGCUGGAAUUUCAUACAGAACGGUGCCAUCCUGAACAAGGGAACGGGACGAUGCUUGGAAGUGGAGAACAGGGGAAUGGCCGGCAUCGAUCUGAUUCUUCGCAGCUGCACAGGACAAAGGUGGACAAUUAAAAAUUUCAUCAAGUAAAGGGUGGAAGAGUCAGAGCAGUUUGACUUAAAACACAUUUGACUUGGACUGAUCCGACUGGACUCCUUUGGAAAGGACGAAAUAUCGAAACAGAGCUUUAUUCAUGUUAUUAGGAGAGGACAUGGGGGAAAUGGGCAUUUGUGUCUUUUUAUUUUUAUUGUGUAUUAGUCUCCCACAGCUGAUUCCAACUGUGUGAAAUUGGGUCGGAACUGCUAUUUUCUUCUGGCAAGCACUCUGAAAGGUACCACUUAUUUCUGCUGGAGCGACUGUAAUAAGCUCAUGCAGUCUUGUGAGCGUUUUACUGACAGGGAAUUGUUGCUUUCCCAGGUGAUUCCAUGCUCUCCCAAAGGACCAAGUAGGUUUGCACCGUGAUCGGAGU